GGGCGUUCCCCCGCCACACAUCUGACUCUACGCUCGUCGGACCUACGUAUCAGCUCUAUCACAAUCUACGCGUCCACGAUACAACCUAACUGGAACUUCGAUAUUAAAACACGUCCAAAAUGACGACCAAAAGUUCUCCGCAUAUGGAACGAAUCGUUGUCGUUAGACCGCUAAAGGUGAUCUCGUUCCUCUGCUGCUGCAUCACAAUCAUCCUCCUCAUCGUCUGUCUGGCGAGCACAUUCUGGUUGGAGACGGACGGCUACCGCCAGGGCAUCUGGAAGCGCUGCGUGUCAGCCGACGCCUCCGUACCGCUGCCGUACAACACGCCCGCAGACGUCGGCUGUUCGCACAUCACCGAUCCUGAACGCGAGUCGCUGACGUCAGCGACACGUCAGGGCCAGUAA